AUGGGUAAAAGUACUUUGGAAUCAUUACCAAACGAGCUUUUAUUGACGGCAUUUUCUUACUUAUCUUCAUUUGAUCUGUGCCAAGCUUUUCUUGACAUCAACAAUGCUCGUGUUCAAUCUCUUCUUUCUUCGAUUCAUCAUUCGUUCAAUGUCGAUCUCAUGCAUCAUGAUCAACUACAUGAUUGGUUGAACGGUGAUCGCAACCUUCGGAAUCGUUUUACAAGUUUGAUAGAAACAGUUGUCUUCAAUGAUUCACCUGGUUGCCACAUGUUAAUGAAAUAUUGGGAAAAGGUUUUGAGUGACAAAGAUCCAUAUAAUGUGCUCUUUUCAUCGAUAAAACGUUUUGUUGUAACACAAGCAGAGCGAUAUUCGUACAGUCUUGUUGGAUCUAUAUUAGUUCCCUUUACUUUUGCUGAUAAUACACUACAAUAUGUUCAUUUUAUCUUCAAUGAACCAACAUUUGGGUAUUCACGUAUGCUUUCCGAACUUAUUGAACGUCGCGUUUCAAUUCAUACGAUGAUCUUAGAAGCUGAGCAAGGUAUGUUAUCAACGCAAUUUUCGACAUAA